GUCAUCACUAAGUCCGUGGCGCACAAGGGAGCCGUCGACACGGAACGUCGCCGAUAACAUAAACAUUGCAGUGUAAAGUAAACAAAAAAAAGUCCAAUAGAUAAGAUUAUGACUCAGGUGUUAAGGUGCCGUUUUUUAUCGUCACGCUUUUAGAGAACUGGUGCUGCAGCCGUCAUGAUGUCCACGUCUACAAGGCUUGGUCAGACUUCGUUUUAAUUGUGCCGCUCGGGAGAGAAAGAGAGAGAGAGGGACGAUGGCUGAGGGAGGCGUCAACUGGCAAGCCCUCUUCCCGACGAGAUGGAGUUUCGUCAUUUUUGUCACCUACAUGAUGUGUUUCAUUUUCCAAGGGAUUAUGGUAACAGCAUCACAACGGCCAGAUUACAGUUACAGUUACAACACGGUCACUGUUGUCUUAUUUACUGAGGCAACAAAACUGGUUGCCUCUUUCAUUUUGUACAUCAAAGACCAUAAAAUCGUAACAUUUUUUGCUGAGAUAAAGAAGCACUUCAGAGUAUUGUUGCUGUACAUGAUUCCGGCACUGCUGUACUGCUUCUAUAAUAACCUGGCUUUUGUUAACUUGGCUGCCUUCGAUCCAACAACCUACUUCCUCUUACUGCAGUUCAGAGUUGUUGUAACAGGAAUUGUCUUUCAGAUUAUAUUUAAGAAAAAGUUAAGCACAAAGCAAUGGAUAUCCCUUAUUAUUUUGACUGUUGGAUGCAUUAUGAAACAACUGAGCACUUCUGAAAAGUCGUCCUCCAGUCAGGCUCCUCCAACAGAUUUGUGGGAUAAUUUGCUGUCGCUUCACAUUGGUCUUCUUAUGGUUCAGGUCAUGUGUUCUUGCUUAGCUGGUGUAUACAAUGAGAAGUUGUUGAAAGACACUGGAGCAGAGGUGCACAUAAUGAUGCAGAAUAUAUUUAUGUAUAUUGACUCAAUUAUUUGUAAUUUAGCUGUGCUUCUGUACAGAGGAGAACUGUCAUUUGCUUUUAAAUACACUUCUCUCAUCCAGAUUUGGCAGCCCAUUGUUGUCAUUAUCAUCCUGAAUAAUGCAGCUGUGGGUAUAGUGACCAGUCUUUUCCUACGCAGCCUGAACUCCAUCCUGAAAACAUUUGCCUCUGCUCUUGAACUUGUGUUUACAGCUGUCUUGUCAUGGGUGAUCUUUGGGAUUCCCAUUAAUGGUUGGACAUUUCUAGCCAUUGCUUUGGUGAGCUUAGCAUCUUGGAUGUAUUCACAAAAUCCUGUCAUUAAUCGAGGACGCCUUGACGAGGUAGAGAAAGCUCAUGAUUCAGAAGCCGAGGAAAAAUUAUUACCUCGGAAUGCUCCCACUCAAGUUUAAUUUCAGGAGCAGUUCUUAGUGAUUUAAUUUUGAACUUUAAUAAACUAAGUUAGUUUUGCACGAUUGCAAGUGAUCUUAAAUGUUUUUUGUGACAUAUAUUCAGUGAUUUUUGUUUACUUUUAUAGUAAAAAAGAUCUCAUUUUUAUACCUAAUUUGAAGACAGUUACCAAGCAAAUUGUUCAUAAAGUAAAUUGCAUAUUAGAUAUUGUCAUAAUUUAAGAUACCACAGUUUGUAGCCAGUCUAGAAAGUUAUUUUAGAAAGUUAUCUAAAAGCUUAGAUUUUCAUAGCACACACUGUUACAAAGCUUGCACAAUUUUUUCAGUAUUGUGAAAACCAAAGACACUGUAACACGGUGGAAGCCAACACCAAAAAGUAAAGUGACAUUUUGGGGGUCUAAUCUCCUUGUGUGAAAGAUUUUUGUUACAUUAACAGACUCGUACUUUCAGGGGAUACGUACCACAAAGGAGAUGUUGACUUAGGAGGGCCAUCAGCCCUUGUGCUUCAUGCCUUCACACGUGAGGAAACGAGGAAUUUAGAGACAAUGCUGAGACACUGGAACUCUGAAGUGCAGCACUUUAGAGGGUAGGAUUGCAAAAGGCCAAUGAGGUGCCAAAUCUCUCAAGUUACAGUUUCUGCUUAGUAUAAAAUGAUUCAAACCUCCAGAUUUGAAGCUUGUGAAGUCAUACAUUAGUUUUAGGUCUUAAUGACAUAGUCAGCUUAUUUUAAGUGUAGAAUUUUUAAUAUAAUGUAUGGGGAAGUUACAGAUAUCUGUACUUUAUAGAGUUGGAAAACUAUAAAUUGUCUUUUGGUAUAGAAGAGGCUGUUCUGGAAUAACUUAGAUUUUACAGUUUUUAACGUCUGUCUUCUUCUUUAGGAUAAACUUGUAGUGCUGUGAUAGCCAUCAAGAUUUUCAAUUGUUAGGUGGGUGAGGAAUAUAAUAUAUAGUUGUUUGGUGAGUUUUCUUGAUUCUUAAAUAGCCUGAAUAUGUUUUACAGUUAAGAGCAGGUAGGAAUAAUACUAUCUAUAUAUUCAGAUUCCAUAUUACUACAAUAGUGACAGUUGAGCUAUAAACCUUGAAAUCUUUAUGGUUCAUGGGUAUGAGUACACAUGGACAGCACAAAAGAACAUUACUGUCAACUUCUACCAACAAUUGCUAGUACUGUAUUACUUGGAUACAAUACCAUGCUUCUCUUACUGGCAAGAGAAGUGUGGCAGGCAGAACUGUGACCGUGUGCACAUUCUUAAGUUUAUCUCUUUAAAACUUUGAAGUUGAAGCAGAUGAAUAAAGUGUGAAGUCAAUUAAGCCAUCAUUUCAUUGUAGAUAUCUAGUCAUAUAGUUGUGUUUUCAGGGUGAUUGACAAAAAUGUGAUCAUUUACAGAAAAAUAAAUAAUUUACAUACU